AUGGCAUUAACAGUGGAUAAACUUAUUAACGAAGAAAGAUUUAGCGGUGAAAAUGUUCUGCAGUUCCUUUUGUAUUUACCCCUCGGUUUAGUUUUGAUGUCCUUGCGAAUAGUUUUAGCGUUAAUACUCUGGAUUGCAUCAAUCAUACUGCCUAAUAAAUCUGCUGUGAGACAGUUAUUAUCUACUUUGGCAUGCUGGACCUUCGGAGUAUAUGUAAAGGUGAAGGGCAGUAAAGACCCACGCAGCAGUCUACUGGUAGCAAAUUAUGUGUCUUGUUUGGACUCUUUGGCUGCCGCUCAUACUUUUGGCACAAUUAGUUUGAGAAAAUGGAAAGUGCCACCAUUUUUUGCAUCAGCUCUUGGUAUCAGAAAUGCUGCUCAAUUUGUGAGAAAACAACACUUCACAGAGUGUCCGAGUAAGCCAGUGCUAUUGCAGCCUGAAGGAGGCCCUACAAACGGGAAAGCUGUUCUUAAAUUUACUGAUUGGUCCUUCCCCAUCGGCAAUAGAGUACAACCUGUUGCUAUUACCAUUGAGCGUCCAUUCACAAAUGUGACAGUGCACCGUCCCUAUGACAAGUCUGAUGUAUUUCCAUGGUGGGACGCUGUAUGGUUCCUGUGGACACCAUUCUCUGUGUUCACCCUAUGGGCCCUACCCUCUUUGGAGAGGAAGGAUGAGAACGAACAGGAAUUUGUUGAAAGGGUUAGACGGGUUAUUUCUGAAGCUUUGCAGGUGGAACUAUCAGAGUCUACGUGGGAAGAUUUAAACAGAGGCCCCCGCAUCAGACGCAGGACCCAACAGCAAAGUGAACUGAUGAAACGAGCCAACCAUGUCAAAGAGAUCUUACCGAGAGUGCCUUUGAAGGAUAUUGUUAAAGAACUUGAAAAAACCCGUAGCGUGGAUGUAACAAUAACCAACUUCCUUGAGGGCCUCACACAAUACACACCGGAGGCUGAAGCGGUAAUCGAACCCCAACCUAGCACGUCCACGGCACAACCCAAGUACAUAACCCCCAUACCAACGGGGGUAUUCCCAAAAUCUGCCAAAGAAAGGCAAUUGAGCUUCCAAGAACGAAAAGCUCAAAUGAUAGCCGAAGCAAGACAAAGGUAUAUAGAAAAACAUGGCCUAAACAUAGCUUUAAAUUGC